AUGGCCGACAAGGAGGCAUUCGUCUACAUUGUCGACGUCGGGUCGACCAUGUCGAAUUGCAACAAUGGCCGGACCGAGUCUGAUCUGGAUUUCAGCAUGCGCUACGUCUGGGACAAGAUCACUACCACGGCCCAGGCAUCGCGAAAGACUUGGAAUGUGGGUGUCAUUGGCUUGCGAACGGAUGAGACCCGGAAUGAUUACCAAGAUGGCGACGGCUACAACAACAUCUCAGUCUUGAAGAAACUCGGUCCAAUCGUGCUCUCACAGUUGAAGGAGCUGACAAAUCUCAUCAAACCGAGCAACACGGAGUUUGGCGAUGCCAUGUCUGCUAUCAUUGUCGCCGCCGAGAUGAUCGGAGAGUUGACCAAAAAGCUCAAGUACACUCGACGGAUAUAUCUUGUCACCGACGGCCAGGGCCCCAUUGAUGGCGAUGAUGUUGAACAGAUUUCCAGCCGCCUCAAUGAGCUCGACAUCGAGCUUGUUGUGUUAGGCGUUGACUUUGACGAUCCCGAGUUUGGCUUCAAGGAGGAAGACAAGCCACAGUUAAAAGUCACAAAUGAGACCAUUCUCAAGUCCUUGGUGGACAAGUGCAACAAUGGAACAUUCGGCACACUUGCUGAGGCUGUGGAGGAGCUUGAAAUGCCAAGGGUGAAGCCUGUCAGGCUGGUCAAGAGCUACGACGGGCCCCUUACUCUGGGGAAUCCUCAACAAUUCCCGAGCGCAACAAGCAUUAAUGUUGAACGAUGGCCAGUGACCAAAGUCAAUCGACCCGCUGCCGCUACCACGGUCACAGUGAAAUCAGAGUCCGCAACACAAUCAACACAUACCAUAGACGACGAGAUGGAUGGAGUGGAAUACGAUGACCCGCAUUUCAAUUCAGUGAAGCAGCACCGGACCUACAAGGUCAACGAUCCCAGUGCUCCUGGUGGUAAAAGAGACGUUGAAUUCGAAGAACUCAACAAGGGAUAUUCUUAUGGAAGCACGGCGGUGUUGAUCCCUGACUUCGACUGGACUCUUACCAGCCUCGAAGCCGCGAAGGAUUUCUCUAUCAUGGGCUUCGUGAACAUGAACAAGGUCGAGCCAUUUCUCACCUUGGGUGAGACCUCCGUUACAGUUGCCCGGCCUUUCGACGAGGAAUCUAAACUCGCCCUCUCCGCACUCAUCCAUGCCCUUUAUGAAUCGGAGACCUAUGCCAUUGCAAGACUCGUUCCGAAGGACAACAAGGACCCUGUCAUUCUACUGAUGCGGCCAAGCAUCGAACCCGACUUUGAGUGUUUGUACGACGCGCCUCUACCUUUCGCCGAAGAUAUACGGUCUUAUCGUUUCCCGCCGUUGGACAAGGUCGUCACAGUUACUGGAAAGGUGCUCACAGAGCAUCCUCGCCUACUUCCUGAUGACAGGCUUAACCAGGCGAUGAGUGAUUAUGUUGAUGCCAUGGACAUCUCGGAAUUCGACCACGACGGAGAAGGAAAUCCGACUGAGUUUGCAGCACUUCAAGAUCUGUAUUCGCCAAUUAUCCAUCGUGUCAAUCAGGCCGUUCGAGCUCGAGCUGUGGCUCCAGACGGAGACGUCGCCGGCAUCCCUGACAUUUUGAAAAAAUAUUCAAGGCCUCCUGAGAAGUUGGUCAAGGAAGCCGAGCCACAAAUCGAUGCGCUGAGAAAGGUGGCCGAUCUGAAGAAAGUGCCUCCAAAGGCGCAGAGCAAGUACAACAAAGGUGUACCGAAACCUGAAAGUGGUCGUCCCAUUGAAAGUCUUGGUAAUAUUCACGACACGCUCGAAGCCGGUAAAAAGCGGAUAGCCGAGUUGAAGAAGGGGAAAUCAUUGAUCGACAAGGACAACUCUAUCCCGACGUUCAAGCAAUUGAUUCGGCAAUUAAAUGAGGCUGAAGAUGAUGCUGGCGUCGAGCACGCGACCAAAGCCAUGGGUGGUGUCGUGCAAUCCUUAAUUAGGGAGAGCAUGGGAGACAAGAAUUAUCAACGCGCCAUUGAGAAUAUUGGAACGCUAAGACAGGCCUGUAUCGACCUCGAAGUCCCUGAACUUUACAACGACUUCUUGAGAGAUCUGAAGCAGAAGAUCCUGUCAAACGCGCUCGGUGAGAAGCGCGAGGACAUGUGGAACGAGCUCCGCAUAACUGCUCGCGGAAGUCUUGGACUCAUCACCGAGAGCCAAUCAGAAGUAUCCAACAUUACAGAAGACCAGGCUAAGCAGUUUUGGUGGGCUGGCAAGUAA